AUGGCAAUGCCUCGCCAAACCUAUGGUGGCUCUUCGUCAGCCUCCUCGUCAAUCUUUAGCUCAUCCUGGCUGGAGAAUCAACUUAUGAACUCAACCGCUUUGCUAAUCGAUGAAGUUGAAGACAUGGCCUAUCAAACCAGACGUGAGCUUGAAUGGUUAAAUAGCACAAUGAACCAUUACUUAGACCCAAGCAAUACCGAAAUGACGGAAAUGCUUCAAUCUCCUAGAAAGAAUCGUGGGACACAAUCUAAUAAAACUCACUCUUUAAAGAAAGAAAACAUUGACCCAUUUUACCAACAAUUGCCCAUAUCCCCUUCUCCUAAGAAGCCUUUUGCAAUUGCUACAAAAAACACUCCCAAAAUGGCUGCUCAUUCGCCAUUGUCAAAUGUGCAUCAGAUAUCCCCAAGUCCAGCACGCCCAACUGCUGCUCCUUUGCGAACAACUGUAUCAUCUAAACCAGCCUCUACGACUCCCCUCACGUCACCUUCAAAAGCUGAAACUCUUUUGAAAUCUCCUUCUCACCAUACUACUAUACACUCUCGCCUAGCUGAACUGGCAAUUCCCAAAAUUCCUGUCCCAUCAUCUCCAGCAUCUAAUUCCUCCUCGCAUUUUAUUUCAAGUUCUAAAAACUCAAAAAGCCCAACACACUCGUUACCUGCACGUGUAAUUGGUUCGACUUCCAAAUCGACUUCCCCGUUUCCAUCACCCUCCUCUCAAAAAAAAGAUGAUACCCUUAUAUCUAGCCCAACCGCUAUUAUCAACUCUCCACUACCUACAGAAGAAUCUAAAAAUCAGGAAAAAGUAUUAGCAGUGCCAUCUGUGCAAACUGUCUCACCACUUCAUGCCCCAAUUUUGGAGUCACCUAAACAUCAUAUUCCUGCUUCUCCUAGUCCUCUUAAACAAGCGUUUUCUGAAAUUUCGGACCAUGAAACCUCUGACAAUAUGGUAUCAGAAAACUUUUCUUCCAGUAGCAUUGAUAAUUCUGAGGAAAGUGAAAAUAACCAAAAGGAAAAAGAUGUUAAGGUUAAUGAGGACAAGAAAACUGAAACUGAAAGCGACAAUAUACAAAGCGAUAAAGAUUCUCAUACUGCAUCUACUUUUAGUGAAGGAAGUAGCCAUCGUGAUUCCAUCAAAAUACCAUUGAAUGACACUGUUGAGCCUAAACCAGCUCAAGAGCAAGAGCAAGAGCAAGAGCAAGAGCAAGAGCAAGAGCAAGAGCAAGAGCAAGAGCAAGAGCAAGAGCAAGAGCAAGAGCAAGAGCAAGAUGAAGAUGAAGAUGAAGAUGAAGAUUCUUCUUCAGAAACUCCAUACAAAUUUGCCAAACUUCCUGCACGCGAGCCCUAUACUAAAAAGUCUUUUGGCAAGACACCUUCUAGAGAAAGAUCUUGGAUUGACCGCAAGUCUGGAAUUUCUGCUCUAGCAUCUUUGUCUUCCGCACCAUCGGCCAAUAGCACGCCUGGUAAGGAUACUUCAGAGCUUCCUGAACCAAAAGCUCCACCACCAACUAUUGCAAGUGCUUCUACAACAAUCACAGCAACAACUGCCAAGUUCGACCCUACCCCUGCUACUGCAGCUGAAACUUUAAUGGCACCGAUUUUGGAUCCCCAAGCUUCCUUUUCCCAUCUUUACCCUGACUUGAACAAAAGCUUUCAACUUGAUGGAGAUGAUCUUAGACUUUCUCUACCUCCAGCUGCAAAUAGUUCUCCAAGAGUUUCAAACGAAAACAUGGUUCAUAAGAGUAUCCUGGAUAUGGAUAUUGAAAUGCCUGAUCUUGAUGAUGAUUCUAUCAUCAGUCAUAAGGGCGAAUCUGAGGUAUCUACCACUACAAAAAGUCCAUUUGCAGCUGCCGUUGAAAAUGAUUCUCGUAAAAAGUUUUCAGUUACGGAUUUUGAAAUGGAGGAUGAUCACAAAACUGAAAACAUGAAAACUGCACCUACAUCAGCAGCAACUAGCACUGUGACAUCUCCAAUCAAGUCUUCAAAGCCUGAUAGCGUCAACUCUAGUCCCAAGCCUUUUGUCAGCGCUGCUGGAACCAAUGCUUCUUUAUUGUCUGCUACUAUGGGUGCAUUCAAGAGGGCCAAAAAACUAUUGUUUGAACACUCGGCUGACAAAGACCUUUCCACCUCUAACAAAAUUCCCUUGGAACAGCAGCUUCGUGCUCUCAAGUCGUCAGAAGCAUCUAGAAUCCCUAGAUCACCAUCUCGCACGUCGCCAAUAAGAUCACCAUUUAAAAGCUCCACAUCACUUGCUUCCCCUUUGAGAGCCCCGUCUAGACUAUCACCUACAACUAGAAUUCAACAAGAACAGGCUGGAACUAGUUCCAAAUCCUUUAAUUUGAAUCCCGCACUUAACUCUCCCACCGAUGGAGCAUCAGGCUUGGCAGCUCCUAAAUUGGGAAUUCAUAGUAUGGCAUCUAAGUCCCAGCCUAACCUACCCUCAAGAAAUAUAUACCCAGAAGUUCCGAAGCUCUUUCCUGCUGCAAAAACUAUGACAUCAGCUACUCAGCCUCUUCACUUUGAGCCAAUUAAUCGCAAAUCGUCUCCAGAUUUGGAUGCAGCUUCAAUGAAUGCAAAUUUUGGAUCGCCUUUGACUUCACCCCACAAGCCUACAAAUGAGCUGGCUCAUAAAGCCCAUCCAUCUGUUAUUCACCAAAGCACUAGAAACAUUAGAGAACCUGCUUCUGCACGGGCUUCUUUGACUUUUGCCGAUAAGCCGGAAUCAAGAGCACUUCAUUCUACUACCAAACUCACUUCAAAAACGAUAUUGCCUAAACAACAAUUGCGACGACAAAAUUCAACUUCAAGCACGACUGGAAAAACUCACAAGCCAAAUCCGGUGAUACCUACACCUUCGGGUCCUUUAAAGUCAUAUUCUUCCAAAUCUGAGUUGAAAAAAAAGACUGAAUCUUCCAACAGUAGAAUCUCAUUGUUGUCUUCUAGUUCUGUUACCGGUACCCAUAACAGUAAACCACUGAAUUUGACUUCCAUAUCUCUCAACAAACCUGCCAAAACAAACAACUCUACAGACUCUUUUGCUCGCAAGUUUAAAACAUCGGUUGCAUCAAAACCAAAGGAAGAUAUCCAAAAUGUUGCCCCAGUUUCAACGUCUGGGUCUCAACAGCAGUCUCAGGCACAAAACGCUUAUGCUAGUAGACCGGCUCCUCAGCCAGCGAAAAAGCGUACUUCAGUGGAUGCAUUUGGCUCGCCACUUGACCAACGCAAAUCAAUCUCCAAGCACCAGCGAAUGUCUAACCUUGGCGAACCGCAACGUGUAACACAACAACAACAGCAAGAACAAGCUAAGAAAUCGUCUUAUACCCCCUUAUCGGCUUCUACAAAGUCUACUCUUUUGAAGAAUACAGCUGCUUCGUUGCACCACCAAACUGCUAAAUCAACUUAUGGGGAAGGCGUCAAAUUUUCAAAUGAAAAGCAUAAGUUUACCACACCAGGUUCCACUUACCGCAACAAUACCAGUACCACGACACCAAAGUACAAGUCUACAUUAACUUCUACUUCAUCCAAGUCAGGUACUGCAAAUGCACUUUUGACACCUGCAAACCAACUUUCUGGCAAUCAAGCCAGUAAGAAAAUGCCUCCUCCUCGGCCUUCUUCAUCCACUAAGCCUACGCCUAAACAGCCACAGACUAUUCUUCCUGAAAUCUAUUCUGAAUCUGAGGAUGAUGAAGAGGGUUCUAUAUUAAUGGAUUGGGCCAAUUCCCCAGAGCUACAUUCCCUACUUCUUCGACAACAGAGUGUGGAUCCAGAUACUAUCUUUGGUCCGAUUGCUCCAUUGAAAUUGGAUGAAGUCUUCCGAUCUGUGAAAAACUAUAAGCCUACACCGAGAGUGAGACCACGCAGCAGCUCGGCAAGCUGGCUGGGCCAGGACAAGUUGUCGCAGCAAGAAAUUGAUGAUUAUGCCAAGGCUAUGGGAUAUAUGAAGUGA